AUGGCGCAUCCCAUGUCCCUCCGAGACCGACAGGUCGCGUCAAUCCAGAAGCUGCUGAACUUGAAUCAUGAUCCGAAGCCUACAGAUGACAAUGCACACGAGUCAUCCGCUCACAGCGGUCUUAUCUCUCAAUCCACCCCGAUCUUGAACGAAGAUGGCGACCCGAUCUGGAAGGUCCUGGUGUUCGAUGGCAUGGGCCGGGAUGUCAUCAGCAGUGUGCUCCGAGUCAAUGAUCUUCGAACUUGGGGUGUGACUAUCCAUUUGAAUAUCCACUCCCAACGAUACCCCAUUCCCGAUGUACCGGUCGUCUACCUUGUCGAACCUAAUGAGGCCAACAUUCAAGCCAUCACUCGCGAUCUCUCCCAAGGGCUCUACUCCCCAGCCUACGUGAACUUCCUCUCCUCCGUGCCUCGGCCCCUCCUCGAGGACUUUGCUUCGCAGAUUGCCACUUCCGGCGCAUCGGAGCAUAUUGCGCAAGUCUUUGAUCAGUACCUCAACUUCAUUGUCGCUGAACCGGAUCUCUUCAGCUUGGGCCUUGGAAAUGAUGCGUACUAUAAGAUUAACAGUGGCAAGACCAGCGACGAGGACCUGGAUGCCAUCGUCGAUAAGGUUGUCAGUGGCUUGUUCAGUGUGAGCGUUACAAUGGGCACGAUCCCAAUCAUUCGAUGCCCCAAGGGUGGUGCGGCCGAGUUGAUCGCUACAAAGCUUGACCGCAAACUCCGUGACCACAUUCUCAAUUCAAAAGAUAAUCUCUUCUCGGGCAACCAAAGAGCUUUGCCCGGAGUACCCUCGUCUCGCCCCGUUUUGAUUAUCAUGGACCGCAAUGUCGAUCUGGUCCCUAUGCUCUCUCACUCUUGGACUUACCAGUCGCUAGUGCAAGACGUACUUCAGAUGCGCCUGAAUCGGAUCACGUUGGAUGCGGACGAGCAGGGCUCGGGCAAGGUUGCGAAGAAGUCGUACGACCUGAACAGCAACGACUUCUUCUGGCAGCGAAACGCGGGGGCGCCAUUCCCUCAGGUCGCGGAAGACAUUGAUGCGGAGUUGACACGGUAUAAGGAUGAUGCGAACGAGAUUACGAAAAAGACUGGUGCUUCUUCUAUUGAAGACCUCCAGAACGACACUAGCGCUUCUGCGCAGCACCUCAAGGCGGCUAUUACGCUGCUCCCUGAAUUGCGAGAGCGUAAAGCCGUCCUUGAUAUGCACAUGAACAUCGCCACUGCCUUGUUAAAGGGAAUCAAGGACCGUCAGCUGGACAACUUCUUCGAGCUGGAGGAGAAUAUCACCAAACAGUCCAAGUCGCAGCUCUUAGAAUUGAUCAACGACCCCGCCAAGGGUAGCAACCCGCUGGACAAGUUGCGGAUCUUUAUCAUCUGGUUCCUCAGCACAGAGACUGAGCUGAACCGUGCUGAGAUGACCCAAUUCGAGGAGGCCUUGACUACGGCCGGAGUAUCAGAUGUCACUCCUCUUUCCUAUGUUCGGCAGGUCCGUGAGAUUACCCGGAUGACCAUGAUGACCACCGCCGCCCCAGAGCAGCAGUCCUCAGAUCUAUUCCGUGGCUUCUCUUCGCUUUCCAACCGUCUCACCGAUCGCAUCACCUCUGGUGCCCUGGGUGCCAAUUUCGACUCACUCAUCUCCGGCGUGAAGAACUUCCUACCCGCAAACAAGGAUCUGACCGUAACAAAGAUCACCGAGUCUAUCAUGGACCCGUCCGCGGCGUCUAGUUCGGCUAUCGCCAAGACGGAGAACUAUCUCUACUUCGACCCUCGCAGUGCCAAUGCGCGCGGCGCCAUGCCUCCUGCCUCGGCAUCGCGAAACACUCAGAUGCCCGGUGGGAUGGGCGCCCAGGCCCCUGGCAUAAAUGCCACUUUCGGCCAGCGUCGCCAGGCCUUCAACGAGGCCAUCGUUUUCACUGUCGGCGGUGGAAGCAUGGAUGAAUAUGGCAACUUGCAGGACUGGGUACACCGGACAAGUGGUCAGUCAGGAGCGGAUGGUGCGACAUCCGCUAAUCGCACGACUGGUCGUCGCCGGGUCGUCUACGGUAGUACGGAUUUGAUGAACGCGACCGAGUUCCUGACAGAUUCGUUGGCACCUUUGGGUCGGGAGAGUUAG